GAACUGGGGCAUUAACAAAAAAAACGACCCAGCAGCAGCACCGGAGCUGCGGCUGUAGCGUGUUCGGACGAGCCGGGGACUCCUCGCUCUUUAUCUCAUUUUUAAUAUUAUAAUAUUAAUACAUGUUAGUUUUAUUAAAGUAGCCGUUAACGUGUUGCGGGCGGAAACGUAAACUUACGUACUCGGCGUAGCGGUACGGUCCAUUAGCUAAAACAAAGAGGACCCUUAUAACAGUUUUAGCUAGUCUUCGCCACUGUAGCCGUUUUACUCGUCAAAAACAGGACAUUUUUUGGGCUAAUGUUACUCUGAAUCAACGAAGUUGCCAGUGUAGUAUCAACACAAGAUGGAUCUGCGGUUACUUUUAAUAGCAACGUUAUCAGCGAUCCUUGGUGGCAGCUGGGCACAGCAAGAGGGAAGCAUAUGCAUCAAAGCCAACGCACAGUCGUGUGGGGAAUGCAUCCAGGUCUCUGAGUCGUGUGGAUGGUGCUCAGAUGAAAAAUUCCUCACCGAGGGCGAGUCCAAGUCGGCUCGCUGUGAUGAUCUGGAGUCCCUGAAGAAUAGAAAAUGCAAUUUGUCCAAAAUUGAGAACCCACGUGGAAGGAUCGACAUCAACAUGAACAAGGAUGUCACCAACCGCAAGGAUGACAAAGUGCCUAAGAAACUGUCACCAGAGCAGAUCACCCAAAUCCAGCCACAGAAACUCACCCUAACUCUCAGAUCUGGUGAGCCCCAGACUUUUGACCUGAAAUUCAAGCGUGCUGAGGACUACCCCAUCGACCUGUAUUACCUUAUGGACCUCUCGUUCUCCAUGAAAGAUGAUUUGGAAAAUGUCAAGAACCUCGGCACUGACCUCAUGGAGGAAAUGCAGAAGAUUACCUCAGAUUUCAGGAUUGGAUUUGGGUCAUUUGUGGAGAAGACAGUCAUGCCUUACAUCAGCACCACUCCAGCCAGGCUCAACAACCCCUGCACAGGAAACCAGAACUGCACCAGCCCCUUCAGCUAUAAGAAUGUAUUGAAGCUGACCAACGAGGGAAACGAGUUCAAUCGGUUGGUCAGUCAGCAGCAGAUCUCAGGAAACCUGGACUCUCCAGAGGGGGGCUUCGAUGCCAUCAUGCAGGUGGCGGUCUGUGAGGAGCAAAUCGGCUGGAGGAAUGUGACUCGACUGCUGGUGUUUUCCACUGAUGCUGGUUUCCACUUCGCUGGAGACGGCAAACUGGGUGGCAUCGUGCUGCCAAACGAUGGCAGGUGUCACCUGGAGGACAACAAGUACACCAUGAGCCACUAUUAUGACUACCCCUCCAUCGCCCAUUUGGUUCAGAAACUGAGUGACCACAACAUCCAGACCAUCUUUGCGGUCACUGAGGAAUUCCAGCCUGUUUACAAGGAGCUGAAAAAUCUCAUCCCAAAAUCAGCUGUUGGCACGCUGUCCUCCAACUCCAGCAAUGUGAUCAAACUGAUUAUUGAUGCUUACAAUUCUUUGUCCUCUGAGGUCAUUCUGGAAAACAGCCGGCUGCCAGAGGGAGUUACCAUCAACUAUAAGUCCAUCUGUAAGAACAGCGUGGAGGGAACAGGGGAGAACGGCAGGAAGUGCUCCAACAUCUCCAUCGGAGACGAGGUGUCUUUCAAGAUUUCCAUCGAGUCCCAGAAGUGUCCGUCACAUGGCAAGUCUGAGGUCAUUAAAAUUAAACCACUGGGCUUCAAUGAGGAGGUUGAGGUAGUUCUGAACUUCAUCUGCGACUGUCAGUGUGCCGCAGAAGGAGAGCCUAACAGUGACCAGUGUUAUGAGGGCAAUGGGACCUUCGAGUGUGGAGCCUGCAAGUGUAAUGAAGGACGUAUUGGGCGUGUUUGCGAGUGCAGCAAAGACGAGGUGCGGACAGAGGACCUUGAUGCCAACUGCCGAAAAGACAACGGUACAGAUAUCUGCAGCAACAAUGGUGACUGUGUCUGCGGCACCUGUGAAUGCAAGAAGAGGGAGAACGCUGCAGAGGUCUACAGUGGCAAGUACUGCGAGUGCGACAACUUCAACUGUGACCGCUCCAACAACAAGCUCUGUGGAGGACAUGGGCGCUGCGAGUGCAGGAAGUGCAUCUGUGACGCCAACUACACAGGCAGUGCCUGCGACUGCUCCCUUGACACUUCCACCUGCCUCGCCAAGAACGGGCAGGAAUGUAAUGGCCGCGGUAAAUGCGAAUGUGGCAUCUGCAAAUGCGAGGACCCCAAAUUCCAGGGUCCAACUUGUGAGAUUUGUCCCACCUGCCCAGGUGUCUGCACUGAGCACAAAGAUUGUGUGCACUGCCGAGCAUUCGAGGCUGGCGAGAAAAAGGAUACCUGUGAGCAACGCUGCAACUACUUCCAGCUGAUCAAGGUGAAGGACCGCGACAAGCUGCCCCAGCCUACAGACCAGAGCUUCCCACUGACUCACUGCAAAGAGCGAGACGCCAACGACUGCUGGUUCUACUACACCUAUGCCAUCAGGAACGGCACCAAGGAGGUCUACGUGGUGGAGACGCUGGAGUGCCCAUCAGGACCUGACAUCAUCCCCAUCGUGGCAGGUGUGGUAGCAGGCAUUGUGCUGAUUGGCCUUGCCCUGCUGCUCAUCUGGAAGCUGCUCAUGAUCAUCCACGACCGCCGAGAGUUUGCCAAGUUUGAGAAGGAGAAGAUGAAUGCCAAGUGGGACACGGGUGAGAAUCCGAUCUACAAAAGUGCCGUAACAACUGUCGUCAAUCCAAAGUACGAGGGCAAAUGAUGGAGCUUUGCCUUCCUUGUGACAACACUGUAUGGAAAAAGAAUAUGGGCUGGGGUGAAGGGAGGGGCGGGUUUUAUAAUGCUCUCACUGUCCGUUUGUUUGUUUGUUGUAGUCACCAAAUGAUAGCAAUGCAUUUUGCCACUAUUUCAGUUUGUUUUACUAACUUGUUUUUAUUUUCUAUGCAUCAUCUGAAAUGUGUACAGUCUGUAUAAAUGUGGGGUUCCAUUUUUUUGUUUUGUUUUUAUUUUUUUUGAUUCUGCGGAACUUGAGAGAAUGUGUUGAUCUGAUUUGUAGUUUUUCCGCCACAGGACUGGCAAGGAAAGCCUAGCUGUGCCUUUUUUUUUAAAGAACCAUCAAGCCAUCAGUGUUUUAUUGAGGGUUAAAUUGGAUGUUGAUCAUGGGCGACAAAUGAAGGGUUCCUUUCCAAAUCAUUGUGUAUACAGUGUGGAGUGGGUGGCAGUCUGUCAGUCAAUGUUUCCAAAACACAGGUGAGCAAAGGUCGUGAGAUUGAUUUGCUGUCAGAGCAAAGAUCUUCUUGUGUCUGUAAUCAUUUUGACUGAGUAGGUGUCCGUCACUCUUUAUGUCUCUUUGGAUUGAAACCCUUCAAAGGUAGCGCCACUUUGCCGCAUGGUAGCAAUGAAAUGUACAGUAUGUUGUGGUUUCUGUGUUAAGCCAUAUAUGUAUUCACAGAACAGGAUUGAAGGCGUUAGUGUGUCUUUUCUGUGUGACUUACUCCAUCUGAACAAUCAACUGAAAUCUUUAGUCGAGAAAAGAUAUUUUCUAAGGCUGCCUUUCUAGAUUAAAGGACAACAGUGUACAGUAGUGUUACUGUUUGGCUCCAGGUCUUACUUGCUUAAUUUAAAGCCAACUCAGGUCCUUAAUUCUUCACAGCAAUGCCAAAUACACGCAAACCUGCCUUAUUUGCUAACUAAAUUUGCUUUUAUUGAAAUGUUUUUAUUUGUAGGAUGUGAAUUGGGGGAAGGGGGUCACACUUUUUUUAUUGUCAGUAAUUCCACCCAAGUCCUUUGUGGUGCCUCGAUCAAACAUUUUUAUUGAAAAGAAAUAGGAAUGACGAUAACGUCGUUCAGUUUUAAAGAUCAGCGGUAAGGGAAUGAUUUCUAGAGCUCUAGAGUUUUUGUAAAGAUAAAAAAAAAGGUUACACCUGUCACCAUUGUUUUUAAGUGCCUUUUUUUAAAUUCCACACAUUCACAUUUGCAAUUCUGUAUUUCUGAAAUUAUUUAUUGAAUAAACAUUGAAAACGA